AGUUAAGCCAGACUAUAUAUUCCCACUCCCUCCCUUUUCUUCGUCUUCUUCUCUCUCUCUUUCGCUCCCUAUUUCUCUCCUCUGUAGGUCUCUCUGUUCCCUCUGUCGUUGUUCCGAGGGUCCGAGGGUUUCGUCGUUGCCUCAGAUCUCGCCUUGCCUCGACUUCUGCUUAUAGGCGUCCCGUAUCUCUCUUCUUCUCUCUGUCUUUCCUCUGCUGUCUUGUUAGAUCCGCGUGUGUUUUUGUUAUCGAGCCAUCAUGGCGGCUGCCAGCGCUCCGAUCACUAUGAAGGAAGCCAUGACGCUUCCGAGCAUUGGAAUUAAUCCGCAAUUCAUCACGUUCACGCACGUGACAAUGGAAUCAGAUAAAUAUAUUUGCGUCCGAGAAACAGCACCGCAGAACAGUGUUGUUAUCAUUGAUAUGAACAUGCCAAUGCAGCCAUUGAGGAGGCCUAUAACUGCGGACUCAGCACUUAUGAAUCCUAAUUCUAGAAUAUUGGCUUUGAAAGCUCAAGUCCAGGGAUCAACUCAAGACCACCUACAAAUAUUCAACAUUGAGAUGAAGGCAAAAAUGAAAUCACAUUUGAUGCCUGAGCAGGUUGUCUUUUGGAAAUGGAUAACCCCUAAGAUAUUGGGCUUGGUCACACAAACUGCAGUAUACCAUUGGUCCAUUGAAGGUGAUUCUGAACCUGUGAAAGUGUUUGAGAGAACAGCCAAUCUGGCUAACAAUCAGAUUAUAAACUAUCGGUGUGAUCCUUCUGAAAAGUGGUUGGUUUUGAUUGGGAUUGCACCUGGUUCACCUGAGAGGCCACAACUUGUGAAAGGGAAUAUGCAACUUUUCUCUGUGGAGCAGCAGAGAAGUCAAGCUCUUGAAGCACAUGCUGCAUCAUUUGCUCAAUUUAAACUUCCUGGAAAUGAGAACCCUUCUACUCUUAUAUCCUUUGCCACAAAGACACUCAAUGCUGGACAGAUCACUUCCAAGUUACAUGUCAUUGAACUUGGUGCCCAGCCAGGAAAACCAUCAUUUACAAAGAAGCAAGCAGAUCUCUUCUUUCCCCCUGAUUUUGCUGAUGACUUUCCUGUGGCAAUGCAGAUCUCACACAAAUAUAAUUUGAUCUAUGUGAUCACCAAGCUUGGGCUGUUAUUUGUAUACGACUUGGAGACAGCUGCUGCUGUAUAUAGAAAUAGGAUCAGCCCAGAUCCUAUAUUUUUGACUGCAGAGGCUUCUUCAGUGGGAGGAUUUUAUGCUAUAAACAGGAGGGGUCAGGUGUUACUGGCUACUGUCAAUGAACAAACAAUUAUCUCAUUCGUCAGUGGCCAGUUGAACAAUUUAGAGCUUGCUGUCAAUCUUGCUAAAAGAGGAAAUCUUCCUGGUGCUGAAAAUCUGGUUGUCCAGCGUUUCCAAGAACUUUUUGCUCAAACAAAGUACAAAGAAGCAGCCGAAUUGGCUGCUGAAUCUCCUCAAGGGAUCCUCCGUACACCAGAUACUGUUGCAAAAUUUCAGAGUGUGCCGGUGCAAACUGGUCAAACACCACCUCUACUGCAGUAUUUUGGAACUUUAUUAACGAGAGGGAAGCUGAAUGCAUUUGAGUCAUUGGAACUAUCUCGUUUAGUUGUAAACCAGAACAAGAAGAACCUCUUGGAAAAUUGGUUGGCUGAUGACAAGUUGGAAUGCAGUGAGGAACUAGGAGAUCUUGUGAAGACUGUGGACAAUGACCUGGCUUUGAAAAUCUAUAUCAAAGCCAGAGCGACGCCAAAGGUAGUUGCUGCCUUUGCUGAGCGGAGGGAAUUUGACAAGAUCCUUAUAUAUUCGAAACAGGUUGGAUACACACCGGACUACUUAUUCCUUUUGCAAACAAUUCUCCGAACGGAUCCCCAGGGAGCAGUUAACUUUGCAUUGAUGAUGUCACAAAUGGAAGGAGGUUGCCCUGUUGACUACAACACAAUAACUGAUCUUUUUCUUCAGAGGAAUUUGAUUCGUGAGGCUACUGCUUUCCUGUUAGAUGUUUUGAAGCCAAAUCUACCUGAGCAUGCUUUCCUCCAGACAAAGGUCCUAGAGAUCAAUCUUGUAACUUUUCCAAAUGUAGCUGAUGCCAUAUUGGCUAACGGAAUGUUUAGUCAUUAUGAUAGACCUCGAAUUGCCCAACUUUGUGAAAAGGCUGGGCUUUACGUGCGAGCUUUGCAGCAUUAUACAGAGCUACCAGAUAUUAAACGAAUCAUUGUGAACACACAUGCUAUUGAGCCACAGGUUUGUCUAGUUAUUUGUUGUAUCUCUUAUCUACUACCAGGAGUAUGUAUAUUCGAUCUUACAUUUGGUUAUCUGCAGUCACUUGUAGAAUUUUUUGGUACCUUGUCUCGUGAGUGGGCUUUGGAGUGUAUGAAGGACCUUUUGCUUGUCAAUCUCAGAGGCAACCUUCAGAUUAUUGUGCAGGUUGCAAAGGAAUAUUGUGAACAGUUGGGGGUUGAUGCGUGCAUAAAACUUUUUGAACAAUUUAAGUCAUAUGAGGGCUUGUACUUUUUCUUGGGGUCAUAUUUGAGUUCGAGUGAGGAUCCUGACAUUCACUUCAAGUACAUUGAGGCUGCUGCAAAAACAGGACAGAUUAAGGAGGUCGAACGUGUAACAAGAGAAUCAAACUUCUAUGAUGCAGAGAAAACCAAGAACUUUUUAAUGGAAGCUAAGCUUCCUGAUGCACGUCCUUUAAUUAAUGUGUGUGACCGGUUUGGAUUUGUUCCAGAUCUCACACAUUACCUUUACACCAAUAACAUGCUCCGGUACAUUGAAGGCUAUGUUCAAAAGGUGAACCCUGGGAAUGCACCUUUAGUUGUGGGCCAGCUGCUGGAUGAUGAGUGUCCUGAAGAUUUCAUUAAAGGAUUAAUUCUCUCAGUAAGAUCUUUGCUUCCUGUGGAGCCCCUAGUGGAUGAAUGUGAAAAAAGAAAUCGGUUGCGGUUACUUACUCAAUUUUUGGAGCAUCUGGUGAGUGAGGGAAGUCAGGAUGUCCAUGUGCAUAAUGCUCUGGGUAAAAUAAUUAUUGAUAGCAACAAUAAUCCAGAGCACUUCCUCACCACCAAUCCGUACUAUGAUUCCCGUGUUGUGGGUAAAUAUUGUGAAAAACGUGAUCCCACUUUAGCUGUUGUGGCCUAUCGACGUGGACAAUGUGAUGAUGAGCUUAUUAAUGUUACAAACAAGAACUCAUUGUUCAAACUGCAAGCAAGAUAUGUGGUUGAGAGGAUGGAUGGUGAUCUCUGGGAGAAUGUUCUUAACCCUGAAAAUGAAUAUAGAAGGCAGCUCAUUGAUCAAGUUGUAUCAACAGCCUUGCCAGAAAGCAAGAGUCCAGAGCAAGUUUCAGCUGCUGUUAAGGCUUUUAUGACAGCAGACCUGCCACACGAGUUAAUUGAACUUCUCGAAAAGAUUGUCCUUCAAAACUCUGCAUUUAGUGGAAACUUUAAUCUGCAAAAUCUGCUUAUAUUGACAGCCAUCAAGGCAGAUCCUUCCAGAGUUAUGGACUACAUUAACAGACUGGAUAAUUUUGAUGGACCUGCAGUCGGUGAAGUGGCUGUGGAGGCACAGCUGUAUGAAGAGGCAUUUGCAAUUUUCAAGAAGUUCAACUUGAAUGUUCAAGCUGUCAAUGUCUUGUUGGAUAACAUUCAAAGUAUUGAAAGAGCUGUAGAGUUUGCAUUCCGGGUUGAAGAAGAUGCAGUUUGGAGCCAGGUUGCAAAGGCUCAACUAAGGGAAGGAUUGGUGAGCGAUGCUAUUGAGUCUUUUAUCCGUGCAGAUGAUGCCACUCAAUUUCUGGAAGUCAUUCGUGCCGCUGAGGAUGCAAAUGUGUAUCAUGACCUAGUUAGGUACCUUUUGAUGGUUAGGGAGAAGUCUAAAGAACCCAAGGUGGACAGUGAGCUCAUAUAUGCCUAUGCUAAAAUUGAUCGGUUGACUGAGAUUGAAGAAUUUAUUCUCAUGCCAAAUGUGGCUAAUCUUCAAAAUGUUGGCGAUCGGUUGUAUGAUGAAGCCUUAUAUGAGGCUGCUAAAAUUAUAUUUGGCUUCAUAUCUAACUGGGCCAAGUUGGCUGUCACUCUUGUAAAACUGAAACAGUUCCAAGGUGCUGUUGAUGCAGCACGAAAAGCAAACAGUGCAAAGACAUGGAAGGAAGUGUGCUUUUCUUGUGUUGAUGCUGAAGAAUUCCGCUUGGCACAAAUAUGUGGUCUUAACAUUAUUAUCCAGGUGGAUGAUCUGGAGGAGGUCAGUGAAUAUUAUCAGAAUAGAGGAUGUUUCAAUGAAUUAAUCUCUCUAAUGGAGAGUGGACUGGGGCUUGAGCGUGCUCAUAUGGGUAUCUUCACUGAGUUGGGAGUUUUGUAUGCUAGAUACCGCCACGAGAAGCUUAUGGAGCAUAUCAAACUUUUCUCAACCCGGCUGAAUAUUCCCAAGCUUAUACGAGCUUGUGAUGAACAGCAGCAUUGGAAGGAACUUACCUAUUUGUAUAUCCAGUAUGAUGAAUUUGAUAAUGCUGCAACUACCAUCAUGAAUCAUUCUCCCGAAGCAUGGGAUCACAUGCAGUUUAAAGAUGUUGCUGUCAAAGUUGCUAAUGUGGAAUUGUAUUACAAGGCUGUGCAUUUCUACUUGCAAGAGCAUCCUGAUCUUAUUAACGAUCUUCUUAAUGUGCUUGCACUUCGUGUAGACCACACACGAGUUGUUGAUAUUAUGAGGAAGGCUGGUCACUUGUUGCUUGUGAAGCCAUACAUGAUUGCAGUUCAGAGCAACAAUGUGUCUGCUGUGAAUGAGGCCUUGAAUGGAAUAUAUGUUGAGGAGGAAGACUAUGAUAGAUUGCGCGAAUCAACUGAUUUGCACGAUAAUUUUGAUCAAAUAGGUCUUGCACAGAAGAUCGAAAAGCAUGAGUUACUUGAAAUGAGACGUGUUGCAGCCUACAUAUACAAAAAAGCCGGAAGAUGGAAGCAAUCCAUUGCCUUGUCAAAGAAAGACAAUCUCUACAAGGAUGCAAUGGAGACAGCAUCCCAAUCUGGUGACCGUGAACUUGCCGAGGAGUUGCUUGUUUACUUCAUCGAACAAGGAAAGAAGGAAUGCUUUGCUUCAUGCCUCUUUGUUUGUUAUGACUUGGUUCGGGCAGAUGUUGCUCUUGAACUUGCCUGGGUCAACAACAUGAUCGACUUUGCUUUCCCAUACCUGUUGCAGUUUAUCAGAGAAUAUACCGGAAAGGUUGAUGAACUUGUGAAGGACAAGAUUGAGGCUCAGAAAGAAGUCAAGGCCAAAGAGAAGGAAGAGAAGGACGUUAUUGCUCAGCAGAACAUGUAUGCUCAGUUGCUGCCUCUUGCUUUGCCUGCACCGCCAAUGCCUGGUAUGGGAGGGGGACCAGGAAUGCCAGGCUUUGCGCCUCCACCACCACCAAUGGGUGGAUUGGGAAUGCCACCAAUGCCACCUUUCGGCAUGCCACCGAUGGGUAGCAGCUAUUAAAAAAAUAGAAAACCCUAGUAAAAAAAUGCGGGAAUCGACCAUAGAUUCUGGGGAGAGUUGAACCCUGCAACAAAUGGGGGGCUUUUCUUACUUUAAUUUUAUGCUUCUCCCCCACUUCUUCUACGGGUGAAUAAUUCUCGAAUUUUUGUCGUUCUGUUCCUGUGUUAUAGUGUUGUGGACUUGUCUUGUAAUAUUCUUUUGUUAGUGCAGGCAUUUUUUUGGAUGCUGGGCAGCAACCUGAGGGUUCUGUAUUUUAAGAUUUUUUUUUUCUCCUCCAUUGUAGCCUGGCCUUUCAUUAGGAAAUGCUGCUUUAAAUGAUGAUAAAAACCAGAUUCAUAGAUUUUCGUUUUUC